UUCAUUUUCCGACUGCUGCUGUCUGUUAUUGAUUUAUUUACCACUAACCACAACCCUGACUGCGAGACAAGGAAGGAGGCAAAAACCUGCAAGGAAAUUGAGCUUGCUAAAUAUGCUGAUCGGGAAGAUGAGGAAAGGUAGCUGCGACUGACAUCAGGACUUGUAAUGGACUUUGAGGACAUGAGGAGACCAGGUCUGUUUACGGGACCUGUGUCAAGUCAAGGUCCACUGGCCACGCCCCCUCCACCCCCUCCACCGCCCCCUCUUCCACCUCGCUCAUCAACAACAGUUACAAAUGUUCCAACUGCUGUGCAGUUUUUGUCCGAUCUUUCGUCGUACACAAUCCCGGAGACAGAGGCGGAGAACACGUGCCAGGACCUGGACAAUACAUCGCCCAAUGCUUGUUCGCUCUCCAAUAACUCUCAUCACUGCCCUCAGCCUUCGCCCAAAGAUGUGGCAGAAGUGAUAUCUCGGCAGUUUAGGAAUUGUCUGCCACAGGCUCAUGGGGAGUCUGAUCUACACCGGGCAGCAUUUGAAGGGGAUGCUGUUCGGUUGCAGUUGCUGCUGGAUCAGAUCGCUGGCGAGUCAUACAAAUUUGACAUCAUUAAUCAGAGGAAUCGUCUCGGAUGUACACCAAUAAGACUUGCAGCGACAGGUGGCCACUUGGAGUGCCUUACGUGUCUUGUUGAUGUGGGUGCCAGAAUCGACAUCGUGGAUGUAAAGUGUCAGACCCCGUUAUUUGUGGCCGUGAAGAAUCGUCGACUAGAGUGCUCGCGGAAACUUCUCCAGUCUGGUGCCUGUCCGGACGGAGACCCGGGGAACUCGUCCACACCUCUCUACGUGGCAUUUAUGAACGGAGACGUGAGAUACGUCCUGCUCCUGCUGGAGUACGGGGCGUACCCGGACAAGCUGCGGCACAUCUCUCGUCUCACGGGCAACGUGUUCAACCCACGGUUCACCUCCCUGGACGCAGCCGUGGAGUACUUGAUGGGAGAGGAGGAGAUUUACCUGGCCGUGAAGGCUCUGCUGGUCUGUGGAUGCAAGUCUGAUAAUUUCCAGUACCACAUGUGCGUGUACCACAACAGGGAGAGGCUCAUCGACGUGCUGCACCAGUUUGGAGUCCGCUCGGACGGUCGCGACAUAAAUAACCGGCUGGCCACGGAGCUCAACGUACACAACGCAGCCAUCCGGAGACUGGCCUACUUACGAGAAAAUCCCCGAAGUCUGCUUUCCGCCUGCAGAAUUGCCAUAGUUUCCUGCCAGAGUAGACCUAGGAGAAAUUUGGAUCGUUUGGAUGGUCUCCCUCUUCCCUCAGCCCUCAUAUCUUACCUCAAGUUUUCCGACGUUUAGGGUGCUGUUCCCCGCAGAGUGUGGGCGGUUUCUUCACAGGCUUGAAUGAAUCAUGAAUGUGACUGAUCAGUGAGUUAGGUUAUCGUCUGACGUUGACGGACUAACUACUGUGACCAGUGAGUUUGGUUAUGGUCAGACGUUGACUGAUAAACUACUGUGACCAGUGAGUUUGGUUAUUGUCAGACGUUGACUGAUAAACUACUGUGACCAGUGAGUUAGGUUAUCGUCUGACGUUGACAGACAAACUACUGUGACCAGUGAGUUUGGUUAUUGUCAAACGUUGACGGACAAAUGACUGAUCACUGAGUUUGGUUAUCGUCAGACGUUGACAGACUAACUACUGUGACCAGUGAGUUUGGUUAUCCUCAGACGUUGACGGACAAACAUUUGUGACCAGUGAGUUUGGUUAUCGUCAGACGUGGAUGGACAAAUUUUGUGAUCAGUGAGUUAUUUUGUUACAUCGACAGUACACCAUGUGUUCAUUUAUUGUAAAACCCUUAUUUGUUAACGCUUUGACGAGUGGUGAAGGAUGGGACACUUGUGACUUGAGACUAAGAUUUGACACAUGUAGCGUGCUAAGUUGACGCGACACAUGGAAUGUGUUGUUCUUCUUUGACAAAGUACAUGGAGCGUUUUAUUUUAACACAUACACCUUGACUUGACCCUCAUGAUGUGUAACUUUUGGCCCGACUCCUGAAGCAUGUUGCUUUGACUUGACACAUCUGUUGUCUUGCAAUGAGUUCACACAUUGAAUAGAAGUACGACUUGUUACUGCAAUUUGACAUAAAAGGGAGGGGGGUGGGGGGUUGUUUUUGAAAAAAAUUUUUGACUUGACACCUUUGACAAAUAACUUUGGCUGCUGUCUACAAUGCAAUCCCAAAGGGCAAUGCUCCUCCACAAAUGGAUGAUCCUGUGUGAUGAGUUGAACGACUUAUAGGGUCGCAGAGAGUGGUGGUGGUAGAGUCUAGCAAUUAUCUCUGUGCUGGUAUGUGUGUGUGUGUGUGUGGGGCCCAUGUCUUUUGCUCAAAGUAGCUUAGGAACCUGUACUGUCUGUAUUGCACUUUGUCCGGGCUGUAAAACAUGAACUUCUGCUACUUUCUCUUUUCCUCUCACAGCUGUGUUUGGAAUAUGAUUGUUUGAUGAGUGUAUUCUGCACAUAUCCGUGGUGUCGGUGGCCUAGUAGUCAGGCUGCUGGACUCGUAAUCGUGAGGUCAGAGACAGCGAAAGAUCUUGUCAGUUUGUUAGUGUUUUAGCGCAAAUAAAUGGCCGCUUGCACUGAUGACGGACUCCAGUUUCAAAGCACCAGAGAAAGAUGUGUCACAACACAAUGGAAUCAGGCGCUUGUCAAUGUUUUGGCGUAGAGAAUUAUUGGUAUAAUCUUAAAGCUUGUUCACUUGCCUUUGGGUAAAAAAAUUAUAAGUAUUUUGAAUAAAAAUAGCCAAAUAAGUUGGUGCCUUCCAAAGUUUCAGUAAAAUCCACAUUGCAAUAUGUUUUUGAAUGGACAUAAAAAGAGUUGAAAUUUUUUU